AUGCAGUUUUCUCGUGAAAUCCACAGAGCUGCUCCCGUUGUGGACGGAGUGGUCUCGGAUUACGCGGUUGGAUACGCCAAGUAUGUUGAGAAAAGUGCAAGCGACCCGUCUCUAGCUCAGAAUCUUGAUCUCAACGAGGAGCUCCGCUUUCUAAGCCAGCUGUUGGUGUCUGCCGGUGGAGACAACCAGGCUAUCGCCAAACUGGCGGACGAAAUGCGCGACUACCUGUUGCCCAUCUAUGAAAACAACGUUAACCGUACCUAUGGCAAUUCUUCCGCAAGAAAACUCGAUAGAGACACUCUUUUGAGCGCCCAGAAGAAUAAUACCAUGAACAUGAAUCUGAUGGAUAACCCUCUUGAUCUGGACUUGUUGAGCAGUAAUCGUAAAGUGGAGUCGCGUGUGGACCGUAAGAAGCUUGAAAAGGCCGAAAAGAAGAUUGCUGCCAAGAUUGCCAAACGCGAAAAGGGUUUCAUGAAAGAAUUGGAAUAUGAGCAGUCCAAACUCCUGUCUCAGAAUGACGAAAAAUCGUAUGAUGAGUUCUUCCUCACCGUCAAUCCUCUUGAGCUUGGACCGUCUCCUGGUAAGACUAAGGAUAUCAAGAUUGAGAACAUUGAUCUCUGGGUUGGCCAAGGUAAGCGUAUUUUGUCAGACACAAACCUUACGCUGUCUUAUGGUCAUCGUUACGGUCUUGUGGGUGCCAACGGUAUUGGUAAGAGUACUCUUUUGAAAGCACUGUCCCGCCGUGAACUCGCGGUUCCGAAGCAUAUCACUAUUCUCUACGUGGAGCAGGAAGUGACCGGUGACGACACCACUGCUCUCCAGACGGUCCUGGACGCCGAUGUUUGGCGCAAGUACCUUCUCAAAGACCAGCAGCGUAUCCAGGACCGCUUGGCUAAAAUUGGUGAGGAGAAAGAGGAGCUUUCUGAGACCGACCCGCUGCAGAAACAGCUGGAUGAAGAAGCUGACGACCUUGAAACAAACCUCAACGAUAUUUUCGACAAGCUCUCAGAAAUUGAAAGUGACAAGGCCGAGUCUCGUGCGUCUGAAAUUCUUAGUGGUCUAGGAUUCUCUACUGAGGCCCAACAUCAGGCCAGUAAAACAUUCUCUGGUGGUUGGCGUAUGCGUCUGGCGCUUGCUCGAGCACUUUUCUGUAAACCAGACCUGCUUAUGCUUGAUGAGCCCUCUAAUAUGUUGGAUCUUCCUUCAAUCACCUUCUUGUCCAACUAUUUGCUGUCAUAUCCUUCUACUGUUCUCGUCGUUUCGCACGAUCGUACCUUCCUUAAUGAUGUUGCUACUGACAUCAUCCAUCAGCAUAACGAACGUCUCGAUUACUACCGUGGUGCUGACUUUGAUUCGUUCUAUGCUACCAAAGAAGAGCGUUUCAAGAAUGCCAAGCGUGAAUAUGAGAACCAGAUGGCUUAUCGCAAGCAUUUGCAAACCUUUAUCGACAAGUUCAGAUACAAUGCUGCUAGGGCCGCUGAAGCACAAUCACGAAUCAAGAAAUUGGAAAAGCUGCCUGUUCUUGAAGAGCCUGAAGAGGAGACGGCGACCAGUUUCAAGUUCCCCGAUCCCGAUCCGAUCUCGCCUCCCAUCCUACAACUUCAGGAUGUUUCUUUUGGAUACAGCGAGUCUCGAAAGCUGCUGGAAAAGGUCGACUUGUCUGUAGGAUUGGACUCACGUAUCGCUCUGGUUGGUGGUAACGGUUGUGGUAAAACAACGCUUCUCAAAUUGUUGAUGGGACAGCUUAGCCCUCAAGAAGGUAACGUUUCAAGACACCCUCGUCUUCGCAUCGGCUACUUUGCCCAGCACCAUGUCGAUGGUAUGGAUUUGUCCAUGAGUGCCAUUGAAUGGAUGGCCAAGGUCAAGCCAGGCAAGAGCGAUGAAGAGUACCGUCGUCUCCUUGGUGCAUUCGGCAUCACCGGAACUUUGGGUUUGCAAAAGCUGGCUCUCAUGUCAGGAGGUCAAAAGUCUCGUGUGGCCUUCGCCUGCCUCAGUUUGUCCAACCCUCAUAUUCUUAUUCUUGACGAGCCUUCAAAUCAUUUGGAUAUCGCUGGUUUAGAUGCGUUGGCAGAUGCUCUCAAAAACUUCAAGGGUGGCAUUCUCAUGGUAUCACACGAUGUGACUACUAUCAAACGCGUCUGCAAAGAGAUCUGGAUUUCCGAAGAUGGCCAUGUCGCACCCAGCCAUGGAAGCAUUGAAGAUUACAAAAAGCACAUUCUCAGCAAGGCAAGCGGCGCAGGUGUUGUAGCUAAGCAUUAA